UCCUCGUCUUCUCCUUCAUCACGAGCUCAUGAUACUCUUCUUCCCCAAACAUAUCAAUGGAAUCCUAUAAUUGUAUAUAUAUAGCUUCCAUGCCUCUCCUUCCUUGAGAUGUGUGUAUAUAUAGCUCUAGCUGGUGAGGGGCUGAAUAUACAGUUAGCCAUAGCAGCCAACCAGCCAGCCAAUAGAAGAUUCAUAGAAAAGCUUGCUGGCUAGCUAGAGAGAAAGAGAGAAGAGAAACCAUGGCGUCUAGGGAGAGUAAGAAAUCGAGCUUACUGCAUGAGAACCUGCAACUCCUUCGCUCCAUUACUAACUCUACUGCAGUGAACAGAAGCUCAAUCAUAGUAGACGCCUCCAACUACAUUCAACAACUCAAACAGAAGAUCGAGAAACUGAACCACGACAUCCAGUCAGCUGAUCAUCAUCAUCAUCGUCAUCAACCUUCCUCCAGCCACCGCAACAACAACAACAACAUUAACCAUACCGGCCAGCAGCUCCCCGUGGUAACGGUGGAAACGCUGGAGAAGAAGGGUUUCCUGAUAAACAUAUUCUCGGGAAAAAACUGCCCCGGCUUGCUGGUAUCCGUGCUGGAGGCUUUCGAGGAUCUCGGCCUCAACGUGGUGGAAGCUAGGGCUUCCUGCUCCGACAGCUUCCGCCUCCAAGCCGUCGGCAGCGGCGGUGGAGAUGAUCAGAAUGAGGAAGAAGAAGAAGAAGGGGAGCAGCAGACUAUCGAUCCCCAAGUGAUAAAACAAGCGGUGCUGCAGGCCAUUAACGACUGGGAUGGAUGACCUUAUGGGAAAUAUUAAUCGUCAUUAAAUCGAUGGUUAAUCCAGAGUUUGGUGGUCCAAUAAUGUGUUUUAUGUUAUGCUGGUUUUUGAGUAGAAACAAAUUAGCAGUUUCAGGACUGUCACUCAACAUGGCUGGGGACAGUAGUGCUACGGCAGGGCGGGGCCGCUUGUAAUUGACUAAUUGUCCUGUUUUUUUCAUUCAUUUCUAGUUUGGUUUGAAUUCCCCGUGGAGAGAGCCAAAUACAAUCAAACAUAUGUGUAGUAAACUGGUGCUGUGGUUAAUUUGAUCCAACUGUGAAUACUCUGUGUCGUAUUUCGGUUACUGAAACGGCCCCAGCUGCUGUGUAGCUAGCAGACCCACCACUAUGAUAUCGACGCAUCCCAAUUUAGUUUUCAUGUGUUACUAAGGUUUGCUAGACUAUGAUGAUAAGUUGUCUAGCAGUUCCCACGUGAAAAAUUGUUGCUAUGACUUGAAAUUUGAUCUAUUUAAUUUGUUGAACUUUA